GAAACCCCCUUUCCAUCCGCUAUAUAUUGACGCCAUUGUCCCUUAUCUUACACGCGCCAAACCUGUCUGUUUCACUUCCCAUUUCAAAACCCACCAAUCCAUCACCAGAUAACACACAAAAAAAAAAAAAAAUGUACGUGGUAAAGAGGGACGGGCGGCAAGAGGCGGUUCACUUCGACAAAAUAACCGCGCGCCUCAAGAAGCUUAGUUAUGGCCUCAGCGCAGAUCACUGCGACGCCGUUUUGGUCUCCCAGAAAGUCUGCGCCGGCGUCUACAAAGGCGUCACCACCAGCCAACUCGACGAGUUGGCCGCCGAAACCGCCGCCGCCAUGACCACCAACCAUCCCGACUACGCUUGCUUGGCUGCUAGGAUUGCCGUUUCGAAUCUGCACAAGAACACCAAGAAAUCCUUCUCCGAGACGAUCAAGAUCAUGUACUAUCAUUUUAGUGAGAGAUCUGGGCUGAAGGCUCCUCUGAUCGCCGAUGAUGUUUAUGAAAUGAUUAUGAAGAAUGCUGCUCGUCUAGACAGUGAGAUAAUCUAUGACAGAGACUUUGACUAUGAUUAUUUUGGAUUCAAAACCCUUGAGAGGUCUUACCUCUUGAAGGUUCAAGGGAAGGUUGUGGAAAGGCCUCAACACAUGUUGAUGAGGGUUGCUGUUGGGAUUCACAAGGAUGACAUAGAUUCUGCCAUCAAAACAUACCACAUGAUGUCUCAACGAUGGUUUACUCAUGCAUCUCCGACACUUUUCAAUGCUGGAACACCUAGGCCUCAACUGAGUAGUUGCUUCCUUGUGUGUAUGAAAGAUGAUAGUAUAGAGGGGAUAUACGAAACUUUGAAGGAGUGUGCUAUCAUCAGCAAAUCAGCUGGAGGAAUUGGUGUCUCCAUUCAUGACAUUCGUGCUACAGGCAGUUAUAUUCGUGGGACAAAUGGGACGUCCAAUGGCAUUGUUCCAAUGUUGCGUGUGUUCAAUGAUACUGCCCGCUAUGUUGAUCAGGGGGGAGGCAAGAGGAAAGGUGCAUUUGCUGUGUACUUGGAGCCAUGGCAUGCUGAUAUGUUUGAAUUCUUGGAUUUAAGGAAAAAUCAUGGGAAGGAAGAGCAUCGUGCUCGAGAUCUGUUUUAUGCUCUUUGGGUGCCUGAUCUCUUUAUGGAAAGAGUUCAGAGCAAUGGCCAAUGGUCUUUGUUUUGUCCCAGUGAAGCACCAGGUUUGGCUGAUUGUUGGGGUGAGAAAUUUGAGGAGCUUUAUCAUCGAUAUGAAAGAGAAGGAAAAGCAAAGAAGGUUGUCCAGGCACAGAACCUCUGGUUUGAAAUUCUGAAGUCACAGAUAGAAACUGGAACCCCUUACAUGCUUUUUAAGGAUACUUGCAAUAGGAAAAGCAACCAACAGAAUCUGGGUACAAUUAAAUCAUCAAACUUGUGUACUGAGAUAAUUGAGUAUUCAAGUCCAACUGAAACUGCUGUGUGCAAUCUGGCAUCAAUUGCACUACCACGAUAUGUAAGAGAAAAGGGUGUCCCGAUGGAGUCUCAUCCAUCCAAGCUUGUUGGAAGCACAGGCUCUGGAAAUCGGUAUUUUGACUUUGAUAAACUAGCAGAGAUUACUGCACUGGUCACAACAAACCUGAACAAAGUAAUUGAUGUUAAUUACUACCCAGUUGAAAAUGCAAAACGGUCAAACUUACGGCACAGACCAAUUGGUAUAGGAGUACAGGGUCUUGCUGAUACUUUCAUACUACUUGGCAUGGCAUUUGAUUCACCAGAGGCUCAGCAGUUAAACCAGGAGAUAUUUGAGACUAUAUACUAUCAUGCUCUAAAAACUUCAUGUGAUUUGGCUGCAAAAGAAGGUCCCUAUGAGACAUAUAGUGGUAGUCCUUUAAGCAAGGGAAUUCUUCAGCCAGACAUGUGGGGUGUGACUCCCUCUAAUCGUUGGGAUUGGGAUGCACUUCGGGAGAUGAUAUCAAGUAAUGGUGCAAGAAAUUCACUUCUCGUGGCCCCUAUGCCAACUGCAUCCACUAGCCAGAUUCUUGGAAAUAAUGAGUGUUUUGAACCAUAUACUUCAAAUAUCUACAGUCGUAGAGUUUUAAGUGGUGAAUUUGUUGUUGUGAACAAGCAUCUUCUUCAUGACUUGACUGAAAUGGGACUGUGGUCUCCUACAUUAAAGAAUAAGAUUAUCUAUGAAGAUGGCUCUGUUCAGAAAAUUCCAGAAAUGCCUGCUGUACUGAAGAGUAUAUACAAAACUGUUUGGGAGAUUAAACAAAGGACAUUGGUAGAUAUGGCUGCUGAUCGAGGAUGCUACAUAGAUCAGAGCCAAAGUUUAAAUAUUCACAUGGAUCAACCCAACUUUGGAAAGCUGACUUCCUUGCAUUUCUAUGCAUGGUCCAAGGGUCUAAAGACUGGAAUGUAUUAUCUUCGAUCGCGAGCUGCAGCCGAUGCUAUUAAGUUCACCGUUGACACCUCUGCUCUCAAAGAAAAAUCCAAUGUAGAGUAUGAUGAUAAUACAAAAAUGGCACAGAUGGUGUGCUCUUUAACAAACCGUGAAGAGUGCUUAGCUUGUGGGAGUUGAAAUGUUUCAAAAGUAUUGGGUUGUGUAGGGCUGUGCAGAUUUAUUUGAACUGACCUGUAAUUGAAGAGGCGGACGGUCAAAGAUGGUCAAAGAUAACAGCACCGUUGGUUUGGCUUAAUGGAAGGGUUUGUAACCCGUAGCCGAGUAAUGUGUAACCCCAACAAAUAUGGAGAAAAAAAAUGUCAAAUUUGUUAAUAUUUUGAGAAUAUGAAAAUAAUGUUUUAAAAAAUUCAA